AAAAAUAUCUCGAAAAUUUAUCAUCUCAUUUAUUAACCCGUUGAUAAAACUAUUCCUAGUGUUGCAACCAUGAAGAACCAAUUCGUAAACAAGUUCAAUCACAAGUUUGAAGAAUUUCCUUUCGACAAUAAUGAGCGACUUAAAAUAUUUGUCUGGAUUUGGUUCAGAGUUCUCGUCAGAGGAUCCGAGAUGUCCGAAUUCCUUACCAAAAGGCCAAAACAGCCCUCAGAUAUGUCCCUACGGUUUGUACGCCGAGCAACUGUCUGGAAGUGCCUUCACAGCCCCCAGAUCUGACAAUAAACGGUCCUGGCUUUACAGGAUUUUGCCUUCUGUUGGACACAAACCUUUCCAAUCUUUUUCGGAGGGAAAUUUCGAUUCGAAAUGGCAAGAAACAAAACCUAAUCCAAAUCAGUUGCGAUGGAAUCCAUUCGAUUUGCCGAGUGAAACAAGGGAUUUUGUCCAAGGUAUUUACACAAUUUGUGGAACUGGAGACCCUAAACUGAGGUUGGGCUUAGCGAUUCACAUUUAUUCCUGCAACACUUCCAUGAAAAACCGUGCUUUUUACAAUUCGGACGGGGAUUUUCUCAUAGUCCCGCAACAGGGCAAACUGCUCGUUAAGACCGAAUUCGGGAAGCUGCAAGUAUCCCCGAACGAGAUAUGCGUAAUCCAGCAAGGGAUGCGUUUCCAAGUCCUGGUUUCCGAGGCUUGCAGGGGCUACAUACUGGAGGUUUACGGCCGACACUUCUCCCUACCCGACCUGGGUCCGAUAGGGGCCAACGGGCUGGCCAAUCCGAGAGAUUUCCAGAGUCCCGUGGCCCAUUUCGAAGAUAUACAGGGGGAAUUCGAGAUCGUAUCGAAGUACCAGGGAAGCCUGUUCGUUUGUUCGCAGGACCACAGCCCCUUCGACGUGGUGGCGUGGCACGGGAACUACGUGCCGUACAAGUACGACCUGGCGAACUUCAUGGUCGUCAAUUCGGUUUCAUUCGAUCAUUGCGACCCCUCGAUAUUCACAGUGCUGACGUGCCAGUCGGAAAAACCCGGCACAGCGAUAGCAGACUUCGUGAUUUUUCCCCCGAGAUGGUCCGUGCAAGAGAACACUUUUAGACCGCCCUACUAUCACCGCAACUGCAUGUCCGAAUUCAUGGGACUGAUAAGCGGGAGGUACGAGGCCAAACAAGGGGGUUUUCUACCAGGGGGCGCCACGUUGCACAGUAUAAUGACACCGCAUGGCCCCGACGUCGACUGUUUCGAAAAAGCCAGCAAGGAGGAAUUGAAACCCGCCAGAAUAGCCGAAGGAUCCCAGGGAUUCAUGUUCGAAAGCUGCCUGGGCUUAGCUCUGACGGAAUGGGGGGCCAAAACGUGCAAGAAACUCGACGCAGGCUACCACAAAUGCUGGGAGGGACUGAGAAGAAAUUUCACGGGUGCCAAAUAAUUUCGAAAUUUUCUGUAAUAAAAUAUAUUAUAUGACACUAA